GGACUACAUUUCCCAGCGGGCAAUCCGCCAACUCCCAGCCGAGGUCGGAUUGCUGGGCAUGCUAGGAGUUGUAGUGUCAGCCCCUUCACAGAGGAGGUUGGAAAACUUGGAGCUUCUUUGCUUGAGAAUUGACUUUACCGUUUAGAUAGACGUCGCAACUGAAACAGGUUUAGAGUUUAUUACAUGCUUCCUUCAGAAGCCUCAGGGGUCAACUACAAAUGAGCACACUUUGAAACGUCAAGUCCUUUAGUGAGCCCUGUCAGCUGGAUGAUCCAGACAACGCAAGGAUGGGAAGAAGGCGGGACUCAACAGGGCUGGGCUAGAGUGAAAGGAUUGGAACCUCCCACAGUGUCUCUUGGCAACAGGCUUUGGCCGCCAAACCGCCCAAGCAAAUACCCUCUGGGAAUUGUAGUGUAUCUAGAGGGCCCGACGCUGUAGACUCCGAGCCUGUGAACUACAUCUCCCGGCAGCCACCGCGCGGGCCACAAGGUAGGAGGAGUCCCCAAACGCUCAGUCCGGAGUUCCAGGCUCCCCAGUGACAGCAGCGGCAAGAAGCAGCAGGCAUUCCCUCUGUGCUAGGCCUGUCCUCCGAGGGAAGUGCACUGGACAUCUCCCCACGUAGCUCCCAUCUUUGGGCCCAGAGUCUGUGCAUGGCGAAGUCCCUAGGGAACUCUACCCUGGAAGAGAGUCUGGGGCAAUAUCAACGGAGUCUCAGGGAGACCAAGUAUAGAGAAGAUAGCUUGAAAUGCAUUAUGCAUCUAUUAAAGCAACCUUGAUUUGAGGGAAGUUCAUCAAACCCACAGGAAUAUUUAAAGGAAUGGAACAAAUACUGCCCCAUGCUUUAGGCCAAAAACCAAAAUGAAGUGAAAUGUGAAUUCUGGGUUCUCAAUUACACCUGUGGUUGAUGCUGGAAAGAUGACUGCAAGAUGCAUCAUUCUGAAAUACCCCACUGUCCUCUGAGGAGAACAAAGGAAAUGAGUAUUCCUUCUAUUCUUGGAUAGAUUAAGCUGUUCUGCGUUAACGGUGGGAUAGGAAAUGAUAACUGGAACUCCUGUCUAAAGUAGCGUGCCAAUAGAAGCAUUCACCAACUAAAAUGUGCCCUGAGAGAAGGUGAUGAUACUGUUGAAGAAGAAGCACUGGAUCCUUCCUUUAGCGUCAAUGCAGGACAUGAGGACACUGAGACAGCGUGGCGUGAAUUGCAGCAUAGCCAUGCUGUUAAUCAGCUCAAAGCUUUGUUGCGCCAACAAGCAAGUAAGGAAAUUGAGAUAUCACCAUCAAGAAGACGAAAAAUGUCCCCUUCGAGGUCAUCAGAAUAUGAGGAAACCAAUAUACCUACUGUGCACAACCUUGUUCCUAUCAUUAAUGACCAGUCUCAAUACAUUCACCAUUUAGAGGCAGAAGUCAAGUUCUGCAAGGAGGAACUAUCUGGAAUGAAAAAUAGGGUACAAGUAGUUGUACUCGAAAAUGAAAGACUCCAGCAAGAACUGAAAUCUCAGAAACAGGAGGCGACAAUGAGAGAACAAACACUUCUGGAUGCAUCUGGAAACAUGCAAAAUUCUUGGGUUACAACAGGUGAAGAUUCCAGAGUGGAAGUUGCCAAGAGAUCAUUUUCCCAUGGCGAUGGAGAUAUUCGCAAAGCUGCCAGCGAGGCUGAAAAAUGGAAGCUAGAACUGGAGAGUCUAAAACUUACAUACCAAUCAAAAGGUGAAAUUCUGGAAUCUCAAUUGACAUCUUUGAGGAAAGACUUAGCUGAAUGUCAGAAAAAUUGUGAAGAUCUUAAACAGCGACUAAAGCAUAAAGAGUCUCUUCUUGCUACUAAGGUCUCCAAACACGUUGGUGGUCUUUGUUUGAAGUGUGCUCAGCAUGAAGCUGUUCUUUCCCAAACCCAUAACAAUGUACACAUCCAAACCAUCGAAAGACUGACUAAGGAAAGAGACGACUUAAUGUCUGCACUCAUUUCUGUAAGGAGCAGCUUGGCAGAUGUGCAGCAGAGAGAAACAAGUGCUUAUGAGCAGGUGAAGGAAGCUGUGCAUAUGACGGAGGAAGCCAAUUUUGAAAAGACCAAGGCUUUAAUCCAGUGCGAGCAGCUCAAGAAUGAACUAGAGAGACAGACAGAGCGACUAGAAAAAGAACUUUCAUCUCAGCAAGAGAAAAGGGCCUUCGACAAGGAGAUGAUGAAAAAAGAAAUAGCAAAAGAAAGGGAAGACAUGGAAUCUAAGAUGUUGAUCUUAUGUCAAAAUGUUGCCCAACUGGAGUCCCAGGUUGAAAAAGUUACAAGGGAGAAAAUUUCUGCUAUUAAUAAACUAGAGGAAGUUCAAAACCAGCUGGCUUCUCAGGAAAUGGAUAUCACAAAGGUGUGUGAAGAACUGCGCUUCCAGUUGAGUAAAGCCCAAGUGGAGAAGGAUGAGGCUGAAAAGGAGCACAAAGUAUACAGAGUAAAAACUAAAAGGGAUCUUGAAAUGAAAGAUCAGGAAGUAGAGAAAUUGAGACUAGAACUGAGUGAAAGCAAGCAGCACGUGGAACGGGAGCAGCAGAAGGCAGCCCGGGCCAGAGAAGAGUGCCUGAAGCUGACCGAGCUGCUGGGCGAAUCCGAGCACCAACUGCACCUCACCAGACUGCAAAAAGAUAGCAUUCAGCAGAGCUUUAGCAACGAAGCAAAGGCCCAAGCCCUUCAGGCCCAGCAAAGAGAGCAGGAGCUGACACAGAAGAUACAGCAAAUGGAGGCCCAGCAUGACAGAACUGAAAGUGAACAGUAUUCAUUGAUGACCUCCCAGAACACGUUUUUGAUAAAGUUAAAGGAAGAGUGCUGUUCAUUAGUCAAGAAAAUGGAGCAGAUCUCUCAAAAAAGCAGAUCUGAAAUAGCUCUGCUGAGUCAGGAAAAAAUGUAUACAGAUCAUAAACUGGAGAAGUUACAGAGAAGAAAUGAUGAAUUGGAAGAACAGUGUGUCCAGCAUGGGCUAGUACACGAGACAAUGAAGGAGAGACCAGGUACCUAUUGCUCUGCCGGGGCUUGCAUGUCAGGUCCUAAGAAAAUCAUUCAAAGGGACUUGGAAAGGGAUGCAUUGGAUGAAGUUUCCAUGACUGCAUGGCUUUGUGCUGCAAAGUUCCCAGGAAAACUUCAGGUCCAUCAAGUCCUUGCAAGACAGCUGGACUCCUGGAACAUACCUGAGUCUUCCACAGUCCUCAUUUGUAAGCUCCCAAGGAGACCGGUGUUGUUGGUCAGGAAAUCGAGAACGUUGGAGAAAUAUUAUUAGGAAGAAUACAGUAAAAAUAAUGACAAGAUAGAAAACAAAUCCUGUCAGAGCCCGAGAAUAUAUUUGGCUUCCGCUGGCUGUGUCUGUCUGUUUCCACAAACGGUCCAGAAUAGAAACCGGAUGUUUAAAAUCGCUCUCUCUUUCACAUGCUCUCCUCCCCUCCUGUCUUCCUUCCUCUUCAGUAUUAGUAGACUUACUAUUUUUAUUAUUUUUUAUUUAUAUUCCUAGUUUUCAAUAUUUGCCAUUUGUGUGGAUAACACAUUAAUUUUUAAUGAAAUAUUUUCAGACUCUUGGAACUCUUGGAAUAACUGAAUCGUAAAAGAAAACUUGAAAUUGAUGUAGACUCCCAAGCAGCGAAUAAACUGAAUAUGACACUUGUGUUACUUUCCCCGCUCACAAAUGGUUAUCUUAAAAGAUUGUGUGUAUUAAGAUGUAAAUCUCUUGUUUUUGUCUGGGUCUAAUUUACAUAAUCUUUGUGGUACUAUUUUAAUAAAUAAUCAAAGUGAAAUGAACUUCUAAAUAAUGUGUUAGGCAAUGUGCAUCAGUAAUUUUCUCUUUAUUUAGAAACAUUUUUGACAAGCCACAUUACUAGGAAAGCAAUUCAGAAGUGACUGUAACUGAGUCUUGGGUUUAACUUUAUUUUAAUUGUGUUAUAGAACUAAGGUUUUAAGAAGUUGGCAUUUUUUUUUUCCCUGAGUAGCUCAUUUUCUUGUAAUCAAUGAUUGUUUUUGUUCUGUACUGGUAUAGUUAAAAUUGAUACUGGAAAUUAUUUAGAGUUUUUUUUUUUUGUGUGUGUGUGUGUGUAUACACUCUUUGCAGAACUGCAACUUUCUGUAACCUACUUUGAAACUGUGAAUUAAUGUUCCUUCCAGAACUUUUUGUAGAAAA